CGAGCGCCAGACGCGGAGCUGGAAAAGGGGAGGCGGAGGAGGCGGAGGCAGAGCGGGAGCCAGGCGGUCAGACCGAGCGGCAAACCGGCGGGGCUGGGCCACGCAGAGCCGGCCCAGCGAGCCCUCCCGCGACCCGUGCCGGCGAGGAGAGAAGCAGCGGUUCCUCGCCCGCAUCCCCGACAGCCCGAGUCCGGACCGGCCUGGUAGUCGGGGGCCCGAGAGCAGAUUCCUCCGACGAGGGCUGGCCCUUCGGCAGGCGCCUUCAGCAGCGGGACCAGGCAGGCCACCAUGACGGAGAACUCAACGUCCACUCCUGCGGCCAAGCCCAAGCGGGCCAAGGCCUCCAAGAAGUCCACAGACCACCCCAAGUAUUCAGACAUGAUCGUGGCUGCCAUCCAGCCCGAGAAAAACCGUGCUGGUUCCUCGCGCCAGUCCAUCCAGAAGUACAUCAAGGGCCACUACAAGGUGGGUGAGAAUGCUGACUCCCAGAUCUAGUUGUUCAUCAAGCGCCUGGUGACCACUGGUGUCCUCAAGCAAACCAAAGGGGUGGGUGCGUCGGGGUCUUUCCGGCUGGUCAAGAGCGACGAGCCCAAGAGGGCAGUGGCCUUCAAGAAGACCAAGAAGGUGGUCAAGAAGGUGGCCACGCCAAAGAAGGCAGCCAAGCCCAAGAAGGCUGCCUCCAAAGCCCCAAGCAAAAAACCUAAAGCCACCCCGGUCAAGAAGGCCAAGAAGAAGCCGGCUGCCACGCCCAAGAAAGCCAAAAAACCCAAGGUUGUCAAGGCCAAGCCAGUCAAAGCAUCCAAACCCAAGAAGGCCAAACCAGUGAAGCCCAAAGCCAAGUCCAGUGCCAAGAGGGCCGGCAAGAAGAAGUGACAAGGAAGCCUUUUCUUACGGACACUCCUCUCUUACUCUCUGUAAAUACUUUUCCCUUUUUUCUUUCUUGAUUCUCCGCAACCUUUUGCUCCAUUUAUCCUGACUUUAUAAGAGACAGACUUUGGAUUCCUCAGAAAUUGUGGAAUAAUUGCUUUUUCCUUUACCAGUUGUGCAAGGACGACAACAAAUCUCAUCUCUGUAAUGAUGAGGAUGUACUUAUAUUUCGUUUUGUUGAUUUGCCAUUAAUCUUACGGGGUUCGGGAUUUGGGUGGGUUCUGUGUUGGUGGGGGGGUUGCUAUGAAGGUAGGUGGGGAAGGGGAGAACAGGCUCAGCAGCUGCGUUUGUUCUCGAUAGGUGAGAGGGAGCCCAGGAAUUGUGAAGGUUUAUAGGACUGUGUAAGGUUUUCUUUAAGUUGGGCUCCCUUAUGAGAAUUUCCGAACCUUUGGCGAGGAGCAGUGGGGUGACAUCUCCCAGUGGUGAGCAGCUAGGGGUCCGAGGCCAGUUCUUUCUCACCUCGGUCAGCCUACCCUUCUGGUCUCCCUAUUGUGUUAGGGAAGAGGAGGGGGACCGAAUGACAGCUGAUUGGGGAAACUAGCUUCUCCCGGUCAGCUAGGAACCAGCCUGGGGGGCGGGGGGCGCGUCUGUGCCUUCGCCCAAGUCUCUUAAUGGGAGCGGAAACUUUGGGGGGGAAGGGCGGGGAGUCAGUCAGCCAAGUGCCUCAGUGUGCCCUAUUGAAAUGAAUCUUGGGUUUUUCCACACAAUUUGAUAGAUUAUUGUGUCUUCGGAGGACUUUUUUUUUUUUCUCUUGGUAUUUUGUUCCUCUACAAGACGUGGCUUUGCUUGGUCUGGUAGGGCUCCAGCCCCACCACCGGCUACUUAAAAACCUCCCGACCUCUUUUUACUUUUGAGUCUUUUUUAAGUAGUUGUAGACGGGGAGGGGGCGGGGCAGGGAGUGGACGGUAAGACAUACUGCAGUUGAUUUGGAAUUUGCUACGUAGUUAUAGAAACUAGAUCUAUGUGCAUGUGUGUGUUUUGUAUAUAUGCAUAUCUAGGGCUACUACUUAGGUUUCACAUCGGGAGCUGGGAGAAAAAACCUGUACAGUUGUCUUAUUUUUAAUAGGAAAAUCGCGCACUUGCGCCCCCCCCCUUACCCCCCUUUUUAAAACAAGUAUUACUUGUGCCGGGAGAAAUUUGCUGUCGUUGUAAUUUUAAAACUUUAAAAUAAAAUCCAGAAAAGGAAAAAAA